AUCAACCAGUCUCCUGAUCCAAGGUCAUGCCAUUGCAAGACGACCUCUUCAGUACUUCAUGAUGUUUUCUUCUUCCGCCGGCGGCAAGAAGGCCACUCCCCCAGCAGGAGAUGGUGCAAGUUGAGGUCCGACUCUGCUUCACCGUUCUGGAAGGCCCCUCAGCGGGACACCCCGCCUUUAAAGAAGCCAGCACGCGACUCGAGUCUGGUAGUCGGCGCCGCCUAUUCACAUGCCGACAUUCUCAAGUUUGAUUCCUUGUGGGUUUUCCCCCAGGACAUUUCCAUAACCCCGCCAUCAGCGACGUCGGCCAUUGAACGAGUCCCGACACAAUCCCCGACCACACGAAUCAGCAAAUCACCACCUUUCAAGCAAUACAUGAACUUCCUUUCCAGUACCAACGAUGACUGGACCGCCGACGAAGCAGAGGAUAUGUAUGACUAUGAGUCGGACGACGGAGACGAUUUUGGGCUUCCCAGUCUAUCCAACAUGAAGAGGAGGACAAGAAAAAAGGCGGAACAAAGCAGGGCGCAUCUGGACGACGGACUCAAUGGCGGCGGUCGAGAAAGACGCUACUCGAACAGCGAAGACAUAGCGAUCGAGAGGCCAGCAGCAAGUUACCCGAUGCCGAAGAAGAGUGAAGGAAAGAUUCUACGACCACAGUAUAAGGAGAUCUUGCGCGAUCCGGCAAACGCCUUGCACCUAAUCAACCACCCCUCGAUACCCGCCAAUGCCACCCCGAAAGAAGUUGACGCCAUAAAUUCAAGGAUAUCAAGAAUAAACAAGUUCAAGAAGCUCCUCCAAGCCUCUACUAUCCCACUACCAGAUCUCCGGUCACUGGCAUGGUCUGGCGUCCCAGAAGAGGUUCGCGCCAUGACCUGGCAACUGCUUCUCAGCUACCUCCCUACCAGCUCGGAAAGAAGGGUAGCCACACUCGAACGAAAAAGAAAAGAAUACCUUGACGGCGUGCGCCAAGCCUUCGGAGGAGGCGGGCAACCAGCGCCAGGAAGCAGUGCACCACCCCGAGGAACGAACCGAGGCCUAGACGAGGCCAUCUGGCAUCAAAUCAGUAUCGAUGUCCCCCGCACAAACCCGCAUAUCGAACUCUACAGCUACGAAGCUACGCAGCGGUCUCUUGAGCGCAUUCUGUACGUUUGGGCUGUCCGUCACCCGGCCAGCGGCUAUGUCCAGGGUAUCAACGACCUAGUGACACCAUUUUGGCAAGUUUUCUUGGGAACAUACAUCACAGACCCAGAUAUCGAAAGUGGUAUGGAUCCGGGGCAGCUCCCUAAGGCGGUUCUUGACGCGGUGGAGGCGGAUUCAUUCUGGUGUCUGACUAAAUUGCUGGACGGGAUCCAGGACCAUUAUAUCGUGGCGCAGCCAGGAAUCCAGAGACAGGUUUCGGCACUGCGGGACCUGACGGCGAGAAUUGAUGCCGGGCUGGCGAAGCACUUGGAGAAGGAGCAGGUGGAAUUCAUCCAGUUUAGUUUCAGGUGGAUGAACUGCCUGUUGAUGAGAGAAAUAAGUGUCAAGAACACGAUACGGAUGUGGGAUACAUACAUGGCGGAAGAACAAGGCUUCUCGGAAUUCCACCUAUACGUCUGUGCCGCCUUUUUGGUAAAGUGGUCAGACAAGCUGGUAAAGAUGGACUUUCAAGAAAUCAUGAUGUUUUUGCAGUCGUUGCCGACGGGUGACUGGACGGAAAAGGACAUUGAGCUGCUGCUGAGUGAAGCCUAUAUCUGGCAGAGUCUAUUCAAGGGGUCGAGUGCCCAUUUGAAAGGGCAGGGUGGGGAGGGGAGUAGGAGUGCGAGUAUGAACUUUACUCUGUGA